AUGGGUGUCGCCGAGUGGACUAGCCGCACCAAUUCGGCCGUGGCUCGCAGCCCGGUCGGGAAGUGGUUUCGCCUGGAGGGGUCCGGCCAUCCCCGCGAGCGAAAAGGCGCGUAUUUCUUCACGGAACUGCGUGCGGGCCUUGCAACAUUCUUUGCAAUGGCAUACAUCAUUUCGGUCAAUGCAAAUAUCACGAGUGAUACGGGAGCGACGUGUGUGUGCCCAGCCGAAGAUCUCGAAACCCGCUGCAACAACAACACCGAGUAUCUUCUCUGCAAACAAGAAGUCAACCGUGACAUCGUGACCGCAACCGCAGCUAUCGCUGCCAUCGCCAGUUUCUUCCUUGGUCUUCUUGCCAACCUACCGGUAGCCCUUGCCCCCGGCAUGGGUCUCAAUGCAUACUUUGCGUAUACCGUCGUGGGACACCAUGGAAGCGGCUUGAUUCCGUACAGCCUCGCAGUGACUGCAGUGUUCGUCGAAGGCUGGAUCUUCCUCGGGUUGACUAUGUUGGGUAUUCGUCAGUGGCUUGCCCGUGCUAUUCCGGCAUCCAUCAAGCUGGCAACUGGUGCUGGUAUCGGAUUGUAUCUGACCCUAAUCGGCCUGAGUUAUAGUGCUGGGCUUGGUGUCGUCCAAGGUGGCCAGGACAGUCCAAUUCAGUUGGCGGGUUGUUCGUCUGAUGAUUUUGGCUCAGACGGGUUAUGUCCAUCACAUGCUAAGAUGAGAAACCCGACGAUGUGGAUUGGCAUCUUUUGCGGCGGUAUCUUCACGGUUUUCUUGAUGAUGUACCGAGUUAAGGGUGCAGUCAUUGCUGGUAUUCUUUUGGUCUCUAUCAUCUCCUGGCCGCGCACAACGCCAGUCACCUACUUCCCCCACACCCUGGAAGGAGACAGCAUGUUUGACUUCUUCAAGAAGGUGGUUACCUUCCAUCCGAUCCAGCACACGUUAGUGGCCCAGGAUUGGAACAUCUCGAGCAACGGGGGCCAGUUUGGCCUUGCCUUGAUCACAUUCCUAUACGUUGACAUCCUCGACGCAACGGGUACCUUGUAUUCGAUGGCGAAGUUUGCUGGAGCGAUGGAUGAGCGCACUCAGGAUUUCGAAGGCAGUGCCAUGGCUUAUACGGUUGACGCAAUUUGCAUCUCGAUCGGGUCUCUAUUUGGCUCCCCGCCAGUGACGGCAUUCGUCGAGAGUGGUGCUGGUAUCUCGGAAGGUGGUAAAACUGGAUUGACGUCGUGCAUGACGGGGAUCUGCUUCUUCAUCGCUGUUUUCUUUGCACCGAUCUUCGCGUCGAUCCCGCCGUGGGCCACUGGCAGCACUCUAGUCAUUGUUGGCUCAAUGAUGAUGCACGCGACACUCGAGAUCAACUGGCGGUAUCUGGGAGACGCGAUUCCCGCGUUCCUCACGAUCGCGGUUAUGCCCUUCACUUACAGUAUCGCGGACGGCCUCAUUGCCGGUAUCAUCAGCUAUAUCCUGAUCAACGGCGGUGUCUGGGUUAUCGCUAAGUGCACAAGAGGGCGGAUUGUUCCACCGAACCGCGAGGACGACCAUGAGGCGUGGACCUGGAAGAUUCCUGGAGGGUUCUUCCCGCCAUGGCUUAUUCGUGCAGCUCACGGAAAGAAGGACUUCUGGCGAGCAGAUGACGAGGCUAGCCAGUUGGACCUUGGCGUUAUGCCGCCGAAUGGGUCAAUGUCAUCAGGGUCGCCGGAGCAAGUCGCGGAGAAGGCAGUUGGGAAGUAUUAA